GAAUCAUAUAAAUUAAACACAAUUUAGAUGAAUGGCUUAAGUUACUAGACAAGUGGCGAACAAACAUGAGCAGUGGAGUAAACAAAUUAAGAUUGAAAUUGAGCUGCCUGCUUCUAAUUGCAAUUAGCAUUCAGGCAAGGGAACACAAACUUUUCGAAUGUAGUAUGAAAUACAAGUGUUCUGGCAUCAAGGAUUUUGUCUGGGCCAUCGAUGAAGAGCGUUGCUAUCUCUUCCACAAUCGAUGCCUGUUCCAGGUGGAACAAUGUGCCCGGGGACUAAGUGGACAAACGGAACUAACUGAAACGGAUAGGAAAACCUGCAAGCAAAGUUGUCGUCAAUAUUGCUAUGAUACCUACGAUCCAGUGUGCUGUCAGAUUUUUCAAGAGGAUUAUAUAUCAUUUAGCAAUGAAUGUGAGAUGCGCAAUUAUAUAUGCGAAAAUGAGAGACCUUAUUCAUAUUAUGACAUCGGAGAAUGUGUUGAGUCACCCGUUCAUGUGGGCUAAACAAUUGCAGAAAUUAUUGAGGAUGAAUGGUUGAUGGGAAAACAUAUUGAUCUAUCAAUAUGAAGCUAUAAGAGAGUAAAUUAAGCAAAUCAUUUAAAGAGAGAGUACUGUAAUAAUCUUGUUUCGAUUUCAAUCGGUUGUUAUCUUUUAUCUGUUGUUUGUUGAACCCCAAGCACAUGUUGAGCCAAAGUUCAAGUAACUUGGAAACUGGAUUAGUGGGGGAAAAGUUAUACGCAAAUUCCAGGUUUAACUUAAAACUCAGUUCCAGAGCAUGCGAAAUGUUUAAUUUGUUUAUGCUUUUACGGGGGCAAUUCAUCAAGUGCUUAUCUUUUAAUUAAUUCAUUAAAUGCUUUGGUAAUUAGAA